AUGGUCAUAACUUUCUCUACAAAACUCCGAUUGAGACGCUCAACAUACCCACGCGAAGCUCUUUCGAAGACGAAGAGAAUGCUGUGCAAGAAUCGCAGCCUCAAUCAGCUGCCUUUCCCUCAAGACAAGGAGCUCAUCAUUGGAUACACCACCAGCGACGGCGAAUCCACUCAUUCAUCAUACGAUCCAGUAUUCUUGAUUCCUGCUCUCAACCACCCCUUGUCUUCCAAUCGCUACUACGCCAUCGUUCCCCAUCGAAAACGCAUAGGAGAAGCAUUGACCUGCUCGAAAGAAGAAGAUAAGGUGACUUGCUGCUUCUGCCGCUGCGUCAAUGACGUCAAGCCGAGACCGUUGGAUCCGCGCAAUGAGUACCAGCAGUUCCAUAUUGCUCCAUACGACGCCGCUUGCAGCUCUAAGGGCCAGUUCGUGGCCAAGUCCGUUGUAUCGGAUGGUUUCCCUCCUUACUUCCUGCGAAGAAAAGGUUGGAGCAUCUACACCAAAACGCCGCACACCUUCACACUGAGCGAGGCACGGGGCCUGGAUGCCGGGCUCCGUGCUAGUCUGCCUGAGUUGGACUCAUCGAGAGUAGUUGGGAAAUGGUACGCUCCCUUCGUGUUUGUCAAGGAUGGGUCGUUGAGGGAUCAAGUGAAGCAAUCCAUGUAUUAUGAAGUUGUAUUGGAGCAGAGAUGGGAGCAGGUUUUUAAGAUUGGUAAUAAGGGGAUUGAUUCGGUGGUGAUCGAUGCUACGGUUGAAAAGGAGGAGGUGUUUGUUGGUGGGAUCAGAAAAGCUGUGUGGAAUGGGAAAAGCGCGGUGGAUGGAGUGAUUUGGUUUAGGGUUGAAGACGGCGGAGGAGAAGGAGUGGGGUUGAGAGUGGAGUUGGUGGAGAGGAUGAAAUGGGAGGAGGAGAGAGGAGGGUGGAUGGGAGGGGAGGAGAAACAAGUGAAGAUUCAUAAGGUGGAGGAAUUGGGAGGAGGAGUUGGUGAUUGGAAUGAGUUUGGAUGUUAUGUUUUGGUGGAGAGGUUCAAUGUGAGGAGAAUGGAUGGGAGUGUGGUCAUUUCUUGUGAUUUUAAGCAUUCCCAUCAGUUGAAGACUAAGUGUUGGUGAUGGAUAUUUACAUGUGCUGUGUAUGCUUGUAUAUAUGUAAUCAAUGUGAUGUGAGUUUACAAUUCAGUAUUUGUAGCCACUGUUGUCUUUUGUAUGACUCAUGUGAAUUGAAUAAUUUUGCUAUUUGCAUUUGAUUCUCUCUA